ACGGAAGAGGGAAAGAGGAUGCCUGGGAAGACGGGAAGUCGAUCAGGGCACGGUGGCCGGGGUACCAGCUCCAACUCCGGGGUUCUGAUGGUUGGACCAAACUUCCGUGUCGGGAAGAAGAUCGGCUGUGGGAACUUUGGAGAGCUGCGACUUGGAAAGAACCUGUACACCAAUGAAUAUGUGGCUAUCAAACUGGAGCCGAUCAAGUCGCGGGCGCCACAGCUCCACCUAGAAUAUCGCUUCUACAAACAGCUGGGAAGUUCAGAGGGCGUACCGCAGGUAUUUUACUUUGGACCGUGUGGUAAAUACAAUGCUAUGGUUCUGGAGCUACUUGGACCCAGCUUAGAAGAUCUGUUUGACCUCUGUGACCGGACCUUCUCUCUAAAGACUGUACUCAUGAUAGCCAUACAGCUGAUAACCCGUAUGGAGUUUGUCCACACCAGAAGCCUGAUCUAUCGAGACGUAAAGCCGGAGAACUUCCUGGUGGGCCGGCCUGGCUCCAAACGCCAACACACCAUCCACAUCAUAGACUUUGGCCUGGCGAAGGAAUACAUAGACCCAGAGACCAAAAAACACAUCCCAUACAGAGAACACAAGAGUCUGACUGGAACUGCUAGAUAUAUGAGCAUCAAUACACAUCUGGGGAAAGAACAAAGCAGGCGCGAUGACCUGGAAGCUCUAGGCCACAUGUUCAUGUACUUCCUGCGAGGCAGCCUACCCUGGCAGGGACUCAAGGCUGACACUCUGAAAGAACGUUACCAGAAGAUAGGAGACACGAAGAGAGACACACCAAUAGAAGUCCUGUGUGAAAACUUUCCGGAGAUGGCCACCUACCUGCGGUACGUGCGUCGGCUGGACUUCUUCGAGAAGCCAGAUUACGACUACCUGAGGAAACUCUUUACGGACCUCUUUGACAGGAAUGGAUACAUCUUUGACUACCAGUACGACUGGACUGGAAAGCCACUGCCCACUCCUAUUGGUCCAGUCGCCAGUGAGACUCCACUUCAAACAAGCAACCGAGAGAAAGCCCCGCAGACCAAAAACCAGUCUCCAGAGGGGAAAGGCAGUGAGUCGCAGCCCACUCCAGUGACCAAUCGAGAGCUGCUGGGCUCCCAUCUCACUGCUGAUAGGCUGGGCGGGUCCGUCCAGGUGAUGAGUUCAACCAAUGGGGAGCUGAAUACAGACGACCCCACUGCAGGACACUCCAACGCACCAAUCACAGCCAAUGCAGAGGUGGAAGUGGCUGAUGAUACCAAGUGCUGCUGUUUCUUCAAGAGGAGGAAGAGGAAAGCUCUCCAGAGACACAAAUGAAGACGAGAGACGAGAGAGAAGCCCUGCUCUCUUUGUGUUCUUUCUCUCUCUCUAGCCCUCUUCAUAUAACCCUCUCUUUCUUCCCCCUCAGCCCCCCUCUCACCCUCCUUCUCUGUAGUUUACCUUGGGUCGGCUGGACUGGCUGGACCACCGGGCAGCAGAUUAUGUUUGCUAAGAUGAUCUACUGGUUUCUCCUGCUCUCAAAGGAGCAGACAGUCACGUGUUUGCUGUUCCACCUCGGAGCUUUAAUUGUGGACUAGCUGUACCAGCGAGUCUACAUGUAUUUAUGGUCACAAACUGAACUGAAACUGGAUCAACACAAACCGCUGGGGAAUACAAGUGACCACAAACAAACAGUUGAUAGACUGUAAAGGGCAAGCUGAUUGGCUGACAGACUCCUUUCAGCUGGUUUACUGGCAGACUGGCUAGUUCUCUAUUUUUGUUUUUUUUCUUCCUUACUGACUGGUUCAGAGGAGAGAGAAGUGUAUUUCUGAGGAGAUGCAGAUGAGAGGACAACAAAAGGAUGGGAAGCAUUGAGACUGUCGGACCACACGUGCACACAAAACAUACACACACACACACACACACACACACAUAUGUACAAACACGCUGCACACUUUCUCAAGCUCAUCAUAAAGAGACUUGUUGGACAAAAAGAUGCAGCUCUCGCACAUAGUCUAUAAAGUUUUUAUUCCCUAGGGUCAACGGAAGUACACCGUGAGCGGCUCGGUCUAUUUCCUGCAACGGAUUGGGCUCAGUGUACUUCUCAGACACAUUUACCCUCAGAGGAAAACCUCACAACCACCAGAAUCAAAAGUUAAAAGAUGUUUAUGUGAAAACUAUGCUUUUUCCUGUUUUAAUUUGUAACUAAAAAGACUGUCUACAACUUGGAACCUGUGUUUUCUUCUGUCUUUUUGAGUUCAAGAAGUUUGUUUUUUGUAGCUUGGAGUGUGUUCCUCAAAAUGUUUUUUUCUUUUCUUUUCUUUUUAAAUAACUUGUAUUUUUAAUUUUCUGUUUUUUCCCCUCUUUCUCUCUGGGUUGGAGGAUGGAAAGUCGGAUAACUCCAUUAAAAAACAACCAAAAAAAUAAAGGCUGAUCUUUAUUUAAAGGGAUCUUAAACAAUAUUA